AAACUGCAGAAGAGGACUUUUUUGGAUGAACAUAAAACUGAGCUCUUUACUGUAACAUUGCAGUAUAUUCUGGACAAAUCAGAUGUUUUCAGGUAGCUUUUAUUUCGGCUUGGAGUCAUGUUACCAUUGAAAGACAAAGAUAAACCCGUCGUCCAGAAGCUACUGUCAGCUGGCUGCUGCGCCCGCUGUGUCCUCCGCUUCUGCUGUGUGAGCGUUCAGGCUGCCUACAGGCAACCCCAACAGGAAACUCUGAAGGAGCUGCAUUGUUUCAUCGGUGAUACAACAGAUUCAGGAGCAGCAAAGUCCACAGAGGAAAACAAAGAUGAACCAGCUGAAGAUCCACCCAGUAAAAGACCCAAACUGGAGCCAAGUCUGACAGGUGCUGAACUAGAUCAAGGGUCUACUGCUGAAAAACUGAAGGAUGAAGAGUCGCAGGUGUGUGUGGUGUGUUUGGGGAUUCUACAGGAACUCUGUGACAAAAACCAGGCCAUAAAGAUUGUGGAGGCAGUAAAAGGAGAAAACUAUGAGUUCGACACACUGGUGCUGUCAGUGUCCCUCCCUGCUCAGCUGUGUGUCCGAGAGCAUUCCUGUUGGCUUCAUGUGAAGACACAACUGAGAGAGAAAAGCAUCAUCCUAGGAAAGGACGACGUGAUCCAGGUGAAGGAAGCUUUCAAGUGGAUCAUGCAGAGCCUGGUUGCCAAGGAGCUGGGAGGUGUUGCCGUGGUUACCAAGAGUCCGUUCGAAGUUGGUGUGGAGUUCACUCACCCAGAGACAGACGCUGACUGCCACUUUCUGGCAUCGGUGUGUCCUGACUGCUUCAAACCCACCAAGAACAAACAGUCUGUGUUCACCAGGAUGGCUGUGGUCAAAGCUCUGGAGAAGAUACCUGAGCCCAAAUUUCUGAAGCAUUACCCUUGUCCGCCCAUACAGACGACCACCAGAUGCAGCGCCCAGGACGUCCAGUGUCUCCACACAUCUGUCUUUGUAGCAGGGAGGUACAACAAGUUCUGCCGCAGUCUGCCUCAGACUCCCUGGGUGAUCGACGGCGAGCGGAGGAUGGAGUCGUCUGUAGAAGAACUGAUUGCUACACCCAUCGUGUCAGCCUUCAGAGCCCAAGGAUUUAACUUCUCCUCCUCAGGCAGAGAGGACGUCGAUGUCCGGACUCUUGGAAAUGGUCGUCCGUUUGCGAUGGAGCUGCUGAAUCCUCACAGAUCCAGAUUCAACCGAGUACAGAUGAAGCAGCUGCAGGAGACCAUCAACAACUCCUCCGAUAAAAUCCGAGUCAGAGAUCUACAGGUUGUUACCAGAGAGGCGAUGAGUCGGAUGAAGGAGGGCGAGGAGGAGAAGACGAAGUCCUACACAGCGCUCAUCUGGACCCAGAAACCGAUCUGCAGUGAAGACAUAACGUUUAUCGAUGGCAUAAAGGACCUGACCCUGGAACAGAAGACUCCUCUGAGGGUUCUUCACCGUCGGGUGCUGGCCGUCCGGCCGCGAGUCAUCCACAGCAUGACCACCCGCUUCCUGGACCCGCAUCACUUCUACCUGGGACUGAAGACUCAGGCUGGGACUUACAUUAAAGAGUUCGUUCACGGAGACUUUGGCCGAACCAAACCAAACCUGUGUCAGCUACUGAAGACAGAGACCGACAUCCUGGAGCUGGACGUGGAGUCCGUCGACGUGGACUGGCCUCCUACCAUUCCAGAGUGACCUUUGACCCCAACGCCCAACGAAGAGGCCAGACGACACCUGAGCAAAAAACGUCAACUCAGAGCAAAACGGCUGAAACAUAAGACUGUAAAGGAUGUGCAAAGGUGGAGGUGAAGGCCACGUGAAGGUGUUACGGUGGAAUUAUUUCUUAGAAGAAAUAUUCCAAAG